AUGCCGCGCUCCUUCCUCGUCAGGAAGUCCGCCUGCCCCCGCCGGAGGCCCAACUACAGCGAGCUGCACGACUCCUCUCCAGAGUUCACCUUCCAGCAGCCCUACGACCAGGCCCACCUGCUGGCGGCCAUCCCGCCUCCCGAGGUCCUCAACCCCACGGCCUCCCUGCCCACGCUCAUCUGGGACUCUCUCCUGGCACCACAAGCCCAGCCAAUUGGCUGGCCCUCCCUCCUGCCCCGGGAGGUCCCCAAGGCGGUGGAGCUGACCUCCCUGUCGGAUGAGGACAGCGGGAAAGGCUCCCAGCCCCCCAGCCCGCCCUCGCCAGCUCCUUCCUCCUUCUCUUCCACCUCAGCCUCUUCCCUGGAGGCCGAAGGCUAUGCCGCCUUCCCAGGCUUGGGCCCGCUGCCCAAGCAGCUGUCUGGGCUCGCAGGGGCCAAGGACCCCCAGUCCCGCAAGGCCUUCAACUGCAAAUACUGCAACAAGGAAUACGUCAGCCUGGGCGCCCUCAAGAUGCACAUCCGAAGCCACACCCUGCCCUGCGUCUGUGGCACCUGCGGGAAGGCCUUCUCCAGGCCCUGGCUGCUCCAGGGCCACGUCCGGACCCACACCGGGGAGAAGCCCUUCUCCUGCUCCCACUGCAGCCGGGCCUUUGCCGACCGCUCCAACCUGCGGGCCCACCUCCAGACCCACUCCGACGUCAAGAAGUACCAGUGCAAGACGUGCUCCCGCACCUUCUCCCGCAUGUCCCUGCUCCACAAGCACCAGGAGUCCGGCUGCUCCGGGGGCCCCCGCUGA